GCAAGAAUUAAAGGAAUCUUUUUGAAUCUGUAUCUCAUUCAACAUCCGCGAAUGUAAUUAAUAUUCAUUUGAUAUCAAGCAGAUAAGUAUUCAUUAGAAAGCAAAUAUUUGCUUUUCAGCUCACUGUCAACAGAGAGGCAGUUAAGGGUAUAAGACUGGUUGAAUGUAGGAGAAAAGGACACAGAGAACUAAAAGGCAGAUUUACCUACAGGCCUAGUCGACAAAGACGACAAUCUUGCAGGCAUGGCUAAAGCAGGGAAGUGGCUCCUUGCGCAAAUGUGCACAUUGAUUUGUGCUACAGGCAUUUAUGCUGCUCCGACACUAAAUGCUCAUGACUUGAUAAUGGAAGUAAAUAUGAAGGAAAUAGCAAAAAGAAAUGCGAAGGCGAUUUCUGCAGAAGACAAAAUACUUCAGAAAAACCAGGCACUUGGUGUUGAUCUUUUUGAAGGAGAUAUAAAAAUUACAAAAGAAGAGAUGAAGAAAUACUAUGGAGAAAAUAGCGACAAAAGAAGUGCUACUAUAGACAGCCGAUCACUGUGGGGAUCGCGAACAAUCCCCUACGUUAUUACACAUUCAGGAGAAGCAAGACUUAAGAUAAAAGCAGCUCUUGAUGUCAUCAUGUCCAAAGUUCCCUGUCUCAAAUUCAGGGAGAAAACCUAUACAGACAGCCACUAUAUGGAAUUCACAACAGGCAUUGGAUGCUGGUCCUAUAUCGGGCGUCGUCACUUUUCUCCAAACACGGCCGUGUCGCUCCCAUCUGGUUGCCUUUCCCAAACAGUAAUAAUACACGAAGUCAUGCACGCCCUUGGAUUCUUCCACGAGCAGUCAAGACCUGAUCGUGACAGCUACGUCACUAUUUUCUACGAGAAUAUAAACACAGGUCAUCUUGAUAACUUCAAAAGAAUGACUUACCAGCAAAGUAUUACCCAGGAUACACCGUACGAUUACAAAUCUAUUAUGCAUUAUACACAGACGACCUUCACAAGAGAUGGCCAAGAUACCAUGAGAGCCAAAUUUGAUCCAGCAAUGCCGCUUGGCAACACGGAGAUGAGCGAUCUUGAUAUUCUUGAGCUCAAUAAACUGUACCAAUGCCAUGUAAGCUCAAGUGCGAAAUGGAGUGAAUGGACAUCAUGGACGCCGUGCAUGAAUUACGGAUCGUCCUGUGUAAAGCUCAGGCAACGGUUUUGUAUGUCAGAAAACAGAGCCGAUUGCCCUGGGGCUGAUUCUUAUGGAGUGAUUGAGGAAACGCAACCAUGUACAUCUUGUCAAGAGGCAAUGAACGGACACUGGAAUAAGUGGGGGUCUUGGGGCAGUUGCUCUAAGACAUGCAACGAAGGAGUCAGGACUCGACAUAGAAAAUGUGAUAAUCCAGCCCCUUCAAAUGGUGGAUCACAGUGCCCCGGCUCAAGUACACACACAGUCAUUUGCCGAAUCAAGAGGUGUAACCAACAUUAUUAUGACACGAGCUUUGAAGACGGCUGGGGGAUGUGGCAGCAGUCGCAAGCUGAUGAUGGCCUCAACUGGAUAAGAGCAUACGGGCCAACGCCAACUUCAAACACAGGACCAGAAGGCGAUCAUACAUCUCAUUACGGUUAUUAUGCUUAUGUCGAGGCUGGAUCUAUUGACCAUGGUAAGAGGGCUAUUCUCAAGAGCCCUGAGUUUCAUGCCAACUCUGGCGACAAAUGCUUGUCUUUUUAUUAUAAUAUGAAUGGAAAAAAGAUGGGUACACUUAAAGUGAUAAUUCGCUACAAGUCUGGAUCAUCCAUUGAGGGGUGGCAGAAAUCUGGUCACCAAGGGAACCACUGGAAUCCUGCAGCCGUUAAUCUUCCGGCUAGCACAGAACCGUAUACGAUCGAGAUCGAAGGUAAAAUUGGUUUCUCCCCUUACUCAGACAUAGCAAUUGACGAUGUUUAUGUUGAUGGUGGAAAGUGCGUUGCUGGAUUAGAAACUUGCAAGGAUACGGACUCUAACUGCCAAAACUGGGCCAAAAGUGGUGAGUGCCACAAGAAUCCCUCAUGGAUGCUACGAAGUUGCUGCAGCUCCUGCUCUGGAAGUAUGGGGUCAUGUACAGCGGAUACAUAUGGAGCUACACAAUGUGCGUCGUUUGUCAAGAACUAUGGAUGCACACACAACGGAGAGUGGAUGUGGGCAAACUGUUGCAAAUCUUGCAAAGAUUGCCUGGAUUCUAUGGGGGAAUGUGCAUACUGGGCAUCGAUUGGUGAAUGUGACAACAACAAAUCGUGGAUGCAAGAAAACUGCAAGCUAAGUUGCAAAGUCUGCAAGCCAUAAAUCUGGUGGGAUACCAAUGGAACUGGGGGACUUUGUUGUAAAUAUGGCAAAAGACGAUGAUAAUCAAAAUAAUUAUAUUUAUUGCUUUCAAAUGCUGCAGACAUAUAAUCUGAACAUACUAAUUAUCUCUUAAUAA